UUUUCGUCUUUCUAUCGUCCCGGGAAAGCCUGCGAAGCAGCCGCAGCGUUUAAUGAGCUCCAUUCAUCUGGACCAGCAUGACCGAGGCGAUUUUUCCCGUCUUGUAGACUGACGUAACAAUAUUACAAUGAAAGGAUGCAUUUUCUUGGGCUUUAUGAAAGUCUCGGCUCUCGUAUAGUCACCAGGGGGCAUGCACACGUCAAUGCAGCGCGGGAAACAUUUUAACAUCGUAACAUUGUAACGUCGGACCGGGGGAACGUUCGAAUGGACGUAGGAGCAGCUCCGCGGCUCUUCAUAUCGCUGUAGUUUGUGUUACGGGAGGUUCCUGCUGCCCCCAUCCAUCUCUCCGGCUGUUGUUGUGAAUUGAUCUAACAUGGCGACUGUGCCCGUCUAUUGCAUCUGCAGAUUACCUUACGACGUAACCCAGUUUAUGAUCGAAUGCGACGCCUGCAAAGACUGGUUUCACGGCAGCUGUGUGGGAGUGGAUGAAGAUGAAGCACCAGAUAUUGACAUCUAUCACUGUCCUAACUGUGAAAAGACCCACGGCAAAUCCACCUUGAAAAAGAAAAAGAGCUGGAAUAAGCAUGACACGGGGCAAAGUGGAGACGUCAGACCGGUUCAAAACGGCAGUCAGGUGUUCAUAAAAGAGCUGCGCAGCAGGACAUUCCCCAGUGCAGAAGAUGUAGUGGUCAAGCUGUCUGGAAGUCAGAUGACGUUGGACUACCUUGAGGAGAAUGGAUUCAAUGAGCCAAUUCUCAUCCAGAAGAAAGAUGGGCUGGGGAUGGCUAUGCCUGCACCCACGUUCUACGUCAGUGAUGUGGAAAACUAUGUUGGACCUGAUGUUCUUGUGGAUGUUGUCGAUGUGACCAAACAGACACAAAGCCAGAUGAAGUUGAAAGAAUUUGUUGAUUUUUACUACAGCACAAACAGAAAGAAAGUAUUAAAUGUGAUCAACCUAGAGUUUUCAGACACAAGAAUGGCCGAUAUUGUUGAGAGUCCGCAAAUAGUUCGGAAGUUAUCCUGGGUGGAAAAUUACUGGCCUGACGAUGCAUUGUUGGGGAAGCCCAAAGUGUCCAAAUACUGUCUCAUAUGUGUGAAAGACAGCUACACAGACUUCCACAUUGAGUGUGGAGGUGCCUCUGUGUGGUAUCAUGUACUUAAGGGAGAGAAAAUCUUCUUUCUGAUCAAGCCCACUUCUGCCAACCUUUCUCUAUACGAGCGCUGGAGGUCCUCCUCCAACCACAGCGAGAUGUUUUUUGCUGACCAAGUGGACAAGUGUUACAAGUGCACACUGAAACAAGGGCAAACUCUUUUCAUUCCAUCAGGUUGGAUUAAUGCAAUACUGACUCCUGUAGACUGCUUAGCCUUCUCUGGACAUUUUGUCCACAGUCUGAGUGUGGAGAUGCAAAUGAGGGCAUACGAGGUGGAAAAAAGACUCAAAGUUGCCAGCCUCACUCCAUUUCCAAACUUCGAAACAGCAUGUUGGUAUGUGGGGAAAUACUACCUGGAGAGGUUUAAAGGUUUACAUAAGGCAAACAAACAGCCACCUCCUUACUUGGUACAGGGUGCCAAAAUUGUCAACGGAGCAUUCAGAUCGUGGACUAAAAAACAGGCUCUUUUAGAACAUGAGGACGAGCUUCCAGAAAACAUGAAGCCACCACAGCUCAUUAAAGACCUUGCCAAAGAGAUUCGGAUUUCAGAGAACGCAACAAAAGCCAUAAAGAAUGAACCCAGCAACUCAAAGCCCCCGGCAGAGGAACCCCCGUCUGCUCCAUCAGAACCAGAAGAGCCCAUGUCCCCUGCCCACAUCUCCACCCCUCCAAGAGAUAAGCCAACCAGGAAGAAAGCCAUAAAGCCACCCAAAAUGCCCAAGGCACCCAAACCACCGAAGGAACCCAAAAUAAAAGAAGGUGGCAAAAAGAAAACAAAGAAAGCGAAAGAAAGUAUUUUACCUGAGAAAAAGCCCUCCAGUCUGGCAGCUCUUGAAUCCCAUGCAAAGGACAUCCUGAACAAGAUGGACCAGCCCAAAAAACUGGUAAAGACUGGGAUGAGUAUCAUGGAGAGGGAGAUGAGUAAACCGAAUGAUGUUGAUAAGUUUAAGAUGAUUCGAGAGCAUAAUAAGAGCAAGACGGAGGCCAAAUGGAAAUAUAAGAAUAGCAAACCCGAUUCGUUAUUGAAAAUGGAAGAAGAGCACAAAUUUGACAAAAGUCUACUCAGCCAUAAAGACAAUAAAUUUUCAUUUUCUUUGUCGAAUAAGAAGUUGUUGGGAUCAAAGAUGCUCAAGACCCAGACCAAUUCGAGUGUUUUUGGCUCAAUACAGAACAUAAAAGAAGAAAAACCCAAGCCCGUGAGAGACGAGUAUGAGUAUGUCUCUGAUGAAGGGGAGCUUAAGAUUGACGAAUUCCCAAUCAGGAGGAAAAAGAACGCAGUCAAGAGAGAUUUUUCCUUUUUAUCAAACAUCAAAGAGCCCAUUCAGCCAGCGAAAAAGCCAAAGCUACAACAGUCGGACAUGAAGAGUCCAGAUUCAUCAGAUGAGGAAUCUCUCCACAUAGACACAGAGGCCAAGACAGAGGUCAAAGGUCGUAACUCCAAGGUCUCUAAGAAUAAAGGAGGCAGUUCAGCUGGGAUUCUGGAUCUCCUGCAGGCCAGCAAACAAGUGGGCGGCAUUGACUACAGCAACAACAGUCAGCCACCUGCAUCCCCCAGCACACAGGAGGCCAUCCAGGGCAUGUUGUCCAUGGCUAACCUGCAGUCAUCAGACUCUUGCCUGCAAACGUCCUGGAGCAAUAGCCAAGCAAAGAACAACUCGCACAGCAGCACAGCCAGCAAGAAGCAGAGCAGCAUGGCCGGAGCAGGGGGUAACAGCAAGCGACCGGCCAAACGCUUGCCCAAGAAGACGCAAAAGAGCAGCAGCGUGGACAGUUUGGACAUGUUCGAUGAUGACCAGGACCACCUGGAAGCUUGCUUUAGGGAUUCUGAUUACGUUUAUCCAUCUCUGGAAUCUGAAGAGGACAGUCCCAUUUUCAAAUCGAGAUCGAAAAAAAGGAAAAAUACAGAUGACACUCCAUAUAGUCCAACAGCACGAGUUGGGCCCACUGUACCACGACAGGAGAGACCAGCUCGGGAUGGAGCACGUGUGGCGUCCAUAGAGACAGGAUUGGCAGCUGCGGCGGCUAAAUUGUCUCAUCAGGAGGAGCAGAAGAUCAAGAAGAAGAAAAAGAGUACCAAAAAGAAGCCCGUAGCUGUAGAGGAGCCUCACAAACUCUCUCAGGACAGCAGCUCUCCAGAACCCACCCCGGACUCUGAGACCAACCUGGGCGACCAUGAGUACAGCACUGGAACGAGCAAGACCGCCGGCAGCUCGCAACCCAUGGCCCCCGGAGUCUUCCUCAGCCAGAGACGGCCUUCAUCAUCAUCGUCAUCUCAGAACACUUCAUCUGUCCCGCCAGCAAAAGUCGAACGUGGGAACUCGACAGACGCCAAAGCCAAGCGGCUAAAGAAAGGAAUGGCAACGGCCAAACAGAGACUUGGAAAAAUCUUAAAGAUUCAUCGUAACGGCAAGCUUCUGCUGUAACAUGGACAAUGGGUGACUUUCUCCUGACGUUUAUGGACCCGUGGACUGAUCCCUCCCUCCCUCGGCAAGCCGGGAUGAGAGCAUAAGGACUGAAACGGACAGGAACGUGAACAGGAUCCCACAAGUUUUCAAUUUCUAAGAAGAACAUAGCUCAGAUAGGUUUUUGCCUCUUCUUUUACUUUAUAACUUUCAGAUAUUGAAAAUGUACAGAAUACCUGCUAUUAAUAUUUUGUAAGAAGAAUUUGUCUUGUUUUACUACAACUAUCAGUUUAUCAGGGGUUGCUAAUAUAUUAUAAGAUACAGUAAAUAGCAGUCAUUCCAAGAUAAAGAAAGUAUCCCUUGCAUGUAUUCCAGUUGCAUGCAUUGUUUUGAUGAGGGGAAAGGGUUGGUGGAAGGUUGCAAACAAGAAUUACAUUUUUGCUUAUUGGAUGUGGCUUAUCAUUGUCUUUUUUAUUUUUUAGCAAGUAUUACUGAAGACAUGACGAUUUUCACAGUAACUGGUGGGUGAUUUUAAUAUCCCCCAUUUGGAAUUUACUUUCCUUAAUCCUUAAGCAAAAAAGCAUUUUUAUACGCAUUACCUACACGGGACAACUGAAAAAGUACUUUUCUGUUUGCUAAGCACUAUCGCAGAUAAUAUUUAUUGACUGAAUAUAAUUGUAAAUGUCCUAGGUAGUUUGAAGCCCUAAGGCACUUACAAAACUUCAGUGAAGCACAAAUAUGAACUCUUAUUUUUAGUAACAUUGUAUAUCUUCACAGCUAUUAUAAAACGACAGCUUUUUAAAAAUUGUUUCUUUUUUCUUUUUUAUAUAAA